AUUUGUAUAUAUAUCAGCUUCUUGUACAGAAUGAAUCAAGGGAAUACAAUUGAGUAUUUUCCAAUACACCAUCCUCUUCUUCUUUACUUCUACAUGAUCAUGGCCAAAGCCAAAACAUCACUUACCAUUCAAAAUUUCCACCAAAUGGCUAGUCUGGUGUCCGUUAAACUAUCUAGCACCAACUUUCUUUUGUGGAAAUCUCAAAUCUAUCCACUAAUUCGAAGUGCUCAGCUUCUCCAUCACCUUGAGGAGGAAGCUCCAGCAAUGACUGUCAUUAAGAAUGACAAAGAGGUACCCAACCAAGACUAUGAAGUCUGGUUAAACAACGAUGGACUCCUUACCAGUUGGUUGCUUGGAACCAUGAAUGAAGAUUCUCUAAGCCUGGUUGUUGGUUGUAACUCAACCUACCAGAUUUGGAAGUGUCUCCAGGAGCAUUAUUUGGCGUCCACAAAAGAACAGGAGCUGUAUCUAAAGGGACAAUUGAUUGUCAAGAAAGGUGAUGAUGAAUCUCUUGAAGACUUCAUCAGAAAAUUCAAGAAAACAUGUGACAGUCUUGCAGCGAUUCAAAAACCCCUUGAUGAUCUUGACAAAGUUUUUCAACUCUCCAAAGUUGUAGGGUCAUGCUAUCAACCCUACAAUCUGGCUGUUCUCUCAAAGGCUCCUCAGGUGUUUGUCGCUCAAAGAGGAAGAGGUCAUCGUGACAGAGGCUAUGGAGGUAGACAUUUUAAUUCCAGGGGAAGAGGAUUUGUCCAAGCUGGUAACUACAACCGGUUUGGUAACCAUAAAAAUCAAUUAGUCAACAAUAAUCCUGCACCCCAGCAACACAUGACGCAGAAGAGAUUUCAGACCAGAAACAUGACAACCCAAGGUGAAAACUCUUGCCAAAUAUGUGGAAUUAAUGGUCAUACUGCCUUAAAGUGUUGGUACAGGUUUGAUCAUGCAUAUCAAAGUGAAGAGCUACCUCAAGCCCUUGCAACUCUGUCUUUGGAAGAUGAAAAGGAUCCAAGACAUUAUGCUGACAUUGCAGCUACUGAUCAUAUGACCUUAGAAGCAGGUAAUCUCUUUGUGAAAAGACCUUAUAAUGGUAAUCAAAAAGUUUACACAGGUGAUGGAACGCCCUUGCAGAUCUCACAUGUUGGAUCUAUGUCAGUUGGCCCUUUAAAACUUAAAAAUGUUUUAGUUGUGCUUGAACUCAAAAAAAAUCUUAUUUCUAUUAGCAAGUUUACUGAUGAUAAUAACUGUAUUUUUGAGUUCUCAUCUACUGGUUUUGUGAUUAAGGAUCAAACAACACAGGCAAUUCUGGCCAAAGGUACUAGAAAAGGGCACUUAUAUGCACUUGAUGAAGGAGAAAAGCAUGCUCUUGCGGUAGUAACAAAUAAGGCAGCAGACUCAAUAUGGCAUCAACGUCUUGGACACCCAAACUUGCGUACCUUAAAAACUUUGUCUUCAAAGAGAAAUAUUUUUGUGUCUAAAUGGACUUCAACUCCCCAUUUGUGCACUAGUUGUCAAAUGGGGAAGAGCUGUAAAUUGCCCUUUGCUAGAAAUAAUGAAAGAGCUAAGACUCCUUUCUACAAAAUACAUUGUGAUCUAUGGGGCCCUGCACCUAUUGAUUCUAUUCAUCACUUUUCAUAUUAUGUGAUUUUUAUAGAUGAUUAUAGCAGGUACACAUGGUUCUAUCCCCUCCGUAAGAAGUCUGAAUUCUUUAGUACUUUUCAGAAAUUCCAAAAGUUGAUUGAGAAUCAAUUCCACAAAACCAUUCAGAUCUUUCAAUGUGAUGGAGGAGGAGAAUUCUCAAGUUCUGCUUUCCUUGAUCAUUUGGCAACUUAUGGCAUUAUACAACAAGUCUCAUGCCCUGGUACUCCAGAGCAGAAUGGGAUUGCCGAAAGGAAACAUAGGCACAUUGUUGAGACAGGUUUGACUAUGCUUCUUCAUGCAAAUAUGCCACCACGCUAUUGGGUAGAAAGUUUCUCUACUGCUAUUUAUCUUAUUAAUAGAUUACCUACUCCUAUUUUGAACAAUAAAAGUCCUUUUCAUGUACUUUUUGACAAAACUCCUAAUUAUUCAAUGCUAAAAGUGUUUGGAUGUCGUUGUUUUCCCUAUCUCCGUGACUAUGCAGCUCAUAAGUUACAUCCAAGAUCAUUGCCAUGUGUUUUCAUUGGGUACAGCCCAUUACAUAAAGGAUAUAAAUGCCUACACCCUCCUUCUCAACGUGUCUACAUUUCAAGACAUGUUGCUUUUGAUGAACAUUUUUUACCUUAUACAGAUCUAACAAAAAUGUCUAAGAAUGUCACUACAGAUGGAGAAUUUUGCAAGUAUCCAGACUCAAAUGAGUGGUUUCAAGCUUCUUCCCAUCUUCAGCCCUCACGACAUGUAGAUGAACUUGAAACUAAUUCCCAAUCACAGUAUCAACAUGCCAUAGAUUGUCAAGAUGAAAGGGAGCACUUUCAGCAUCUACCUGAACCCACAACAGUACCUGAUCCAGCCGGGGUGAUGGGAGUUAUACCUCAACAGCACCAAGAUUCCUCUCCACAACAUCAAGACAAUGCCAACUUGAAUGUUUCAGAAACUGGGCAAAAUUCCAUGAUCUCACAUCUAGCAAAAAAUCAACAAAACAAUGUAGAUGUGACUAGUGGAGAUCCACACCAAAUUAUUGAAGCCGUGGCUGGGCAUGAAGUCCAAAAUCGAAAUAUUCAGGGAGUCUCACCACCCUCUCACAACACUACUUCUAUUUCUACUCAUCCUAUGCUUACAAGAACUCGGAUUGGUACACAUACAAGACAUGUGAAAACAAUUUUUCCAAAAAAUGCUAACACCAUGAUUACUAAUGACAUAUCUUCUGCAAGUCUUGACAUCAAAGAGCCCAAAAAUGUCCAACAGGCCCUUCGAGCCCCCCAUUGGCUUCAAGCAAUGAAGGAAGAACUAGCUGCACUUCAUCAAAACAAUACAUGGAACCUAGUGCCUCCUCCACUAGAGACAAAUAUUGUUGGCUCAAGAUGGGUCUUCAAAACCAAGCUAAAUCCCGAUGGCACGGUAGAAAGGUUUAAAGCACGACUAGUGGCUAAAGGCUUCUCUCAAGUUCCUGGAGUUGAUUUGAUGAGACUUUUAGCCCUGUCCUCAAACCAACCACUCUUCGUAUGGUCCUUGCUCUUGCCACAACAUGUGCUUGGCCUCUCCGACAACUUGAUGUGAAGAACGCCUUCCUUCAUGGUGAACUCAAGGAGACAGUUUAUAUGAAUCAACCACCAGGUUUUGA